AUGAAAGCAAGCAUCCUUCUCCGCUCCUCGAGAGCACACGCCCUCAGACUCCCGCGCAGCACAGCUCCAGCUCAAUCCUCUACCGGACGGAUUGUCCUACCAUUGUCGACUUUCGAACCCCAUUCGCAUUUAACCCCUUCGCGAUCCCCCUUGGCCGGACGAGGCGUUCAGGCAACGGGUGCAGCGCCAUUCUCGACCUCAAGAGCCGUGUCAAAGGGCCUCCAACCGGCCAGCGCAGAGCCUGAGCCUCCCAAGACCGAGUCGUCCAACGACAACCUUGCUCCAGCGGAUCUUACGGACGCCGAGUACCAUGAGCUUGCGGACCAGUAUCUCGACACACUGGUACUGGCAGUGGAGGAGCUGAGCGAGUCCACCAGCGACGGAGUCGAAGCUGAGUUCUCGGCUGGCGUCCUCACCAUCACGCAUCCGGCAAACGGCACAUACGUAAUCAACAAGCAGCCGCCGAACAAGCAGAUCUGGCUGUCCAGCCCUAUCUCCGGUCCGAAGAGGUUCGAUUGGGUUGUGUCUGGGGAGGGACAGCACCAGAAACAAGACACGGCCGUUGAUGCGGGUGAUAACGCUGCUGGCGGACGGUGGGUGUACUUACGCGACGGGAGCAUACUGAGCGAUCUGCUGAAGAAAGAGCUUGGUGUUGAGGUCACGAAGAAGGACGAGAGUGAUGUUGUAGACGGGCGUGAGGGUCCUGCUGGAGGCGGGUCUAAGCUAGAGUGA